UCAUGAUCACAUGACCUCUGAACAUCCAAAAUGGCCGCCGUAGUUGCUAAUGAAAACAAGUGAAGUUCGACUAAAAGUUUUCUUCCAAUUAAACCUAAUAGUCGAGACGAAUGGCUCAAAACAGCCCGUUCAGACCUUCUUCAGGUCGCCGUGCAGCUAGACAGGAAACCUUUUCCUCAGCUGUGAGCAGUAACUGCAGGUUACGACAGGUGCAGUCUUUACUCCAACCCAGCAAAGACCCCAGGCAGUCCCAGCUGGAUGCUGUAUUGUGUAUCCUUGGUGUGGAUGGCAGGCACAGCGAUGGAGCCCGGGAGCUGGCCAACUAUGUUCUCUUCGGUUUAUAUGACUACAAGAACAUCAAGAGGUCUAACCUUCCAGAAGACACUGUUGAUGACAUGAUGCUCCUGAUCAGACAAGAUGGUGUUCGCAUAUACUGUAACCCUGUCAACUACCCAUACCUGCUGCCUUACAUUGCACACUGGAAGAACCUACAGAUCUUCUGUAUGGCGGAAGACAAGUACCAUGAGGAUGAGGAGGAGGCUGAGGAGUACAAGAUCAGGAGUUUUGUGGCCAUGAUGGAAGGGAGCAACAGAGUGGGGCUGCCUUACAGCUCUAGAUUUAAUCAGCAACAGUUCAGCCCAAUGGUCAUAGAGAAGUGGCCUAUUAUACAGGCAUUUGCCCUGGAAGGGUUUGGAGGUGGAGGAUUUUUCACCAUGAAGCAUGAGGUGUUUGAUGUCAGCAGUAGACUGGAGCACAUCUACACCAGGCUGGACCCCAUUGGACUGGAGAACCUGGUCACAGAGCAACUGUCCCAGUUUGAACAGCAGUGGACUUCAUUGAUCAAGAAUAUUGAUGUUGAAAGCCCUGCCCAGAGAGCAGUCUUGACAGAGAGCAAAGUUGGAGAGCCAUUCCAGAGUUACUACACCCAUGGCAUGCAAGCAGGCGGUGCUGGAGGGCGGAGACGGGCCUUUGUGCUGUUUGGGACUCGUACGGGCGGAGCAGGGGCAGGUGGACAGGGCGCUGAUGGGGUCAUUGGCAGGGCAGGUGUCAGGGGAGGGCCAUCUCUCCACAUGGCUUGUCAGGCCAUCUCACCUCGGGGUCCACUCAGCUGUGCUAGAACCUACUUCUUCAGCAGUGGACAUUUCCCAUACCCAGUAAGCGGAGGAACUGGCAUGCCUAGAACUGAGGAAAAGAACAUGGAUCUCAGGUUGCUGUCUACCAUGUACCUGGUAGCAGUUGAUGCUGUUCUGGCUGCCAUUGACAAAUACAGCAAGACUCUGAGUGUUGGAGCUGCAAGGAAGACAGUUCUAGAUGUGCUGAAAGAUGCAGUGGACCGACACCAGCUGCCUCUCGGGAGUGCCUUUGCAUCAUCCAAGAAUCCUAUUGAUUUCACAAUUGAGGAGGUAGACAUGCAUGGGUGCUCCCAGGCAGCUGAACAGGGAGCAUCAUCUCACCUCGUUAAAACUGCAUUCCUGUCCUUCAACGACAUUCCCAGUGUAGAACACUCAGGAGAGUCCCUGGGCUCUGUCACCUUCGCUGAGUCCUUCCUGGUGUCCAGCCUUUCUGUCAUCAACCAUGAUGGCUCCAAAACAGUUGACAGUUGCUACACGGUGUUGACAGCAAACAUUCCCCGUUACACCACCUGGAUGACCAGUCAAGAGGAGACUAACCGGUCUGAAGCAGUAGAGACUUUAGUGAAGACACCAUCUGUGGACGUUUUGGGGAAACCCCUCCUCCAGGGGGAGCAGGUGCAGCUGGUGGUGGCAACUAAAUACUGCUUCUCACAAGAAGGUCAGCUGCACAUUUUCGAGAGAGGUUUGGUGUUCCUUCAGCCACACUGGGGCGCCCUCAUCCUGCCCAGAACUGAACUGCAGAGUGUUCUCUUCUAUGAUGGGGACUCCCGUACCGUUGUGGCCAUGUUGGUCCUGACCUACAGACCAGACAUGCUGGGCUUCCUGCCUGCCCAGGUCCAGAACCCUGACAACAGGCUUGUCAUCGUCUUCAACCCCAGCACUCGAGCUUACAAGACAUUCAUCACAGAGGUUCUGUCAGCUUGGCAGGAGAAGGAAGAGAUGGGACAGGCCCACUUACAGGUGGUCAAGGAGCUACCAGCUGACCUGGCUUCUCUCCACUCCCAGCUGCAGAAGAGACUGGAGAUGAUGCUGACUCAGCCCUCUGCUCUGAGGAAGGCCAUGGUGAACCUGCCUGAUCUAAAAAGGUUCCUGCCCCACUCCUCAGCCAGCUGCUUGCUGCAGACCCCCGUCCCUGCCUCUGACCUGGCUGUGCUGCUGGACCAGGCUGAGGAGGAGCCCAUGGACCUGGAGCCCAACAUGGAGGAGAUUAUUGUGACCAUCCUGACUGGAAUCCCAGGGAGUCACAAGGACAACCUGUGUACAAGUCUGGUCAACAUCAACAAGGAGCAUGGCAGGUGGGUAGUGUUGCGACAGCCCAUUGAGAUUACAGAAGGGUUUGAUGCAGACAGCCUGCAGGCCUCACUCAGCGCAGCAGUCACAGCUCAGAGGAGACGGGCGGCCAAGGCCUCUGCUGCAGGGAAGAAGAAGAUGAGAGCUGUCAUCGUCACUCCAGGGUUUACAGAUGUGCUGGAUGUGGUGCUGGCCGUUCUGUGCCACCCUGACCCUGAGGUGCGCAGCAGGCUGAAGGUUGGAGCAGUCACCGCCUGUGUGGAUCCCAUGAACACUUUCCUGGAGGACAGGUUUCUGUUUCCCAAAGUGCUGGAUCAGUGUGCUCCAGGUUGGGUGAACAACAUAGUCUUCACCAGUUGCACCGAGGUACAGAACCCCCAGCUGGAGGUCACACAGCACCUGAUCCGAGCCGUCAAUCCUGAUGCUGCCUUUGUCCUGGCAGAGAGGGGAGAGGUCACUAGGUCAGAAGAUGUCGAGCUGAUCCUGUCUGAGACCUUGUUCAGUCAGCCCAAGAUGGCCCAGCUCAGGCACCUGGGUACAUCAGGAUGGUCCCAAGGCCAGGUGCAGUCUUUCCCACCCUCCCCCACCAUGCAGGAUGUCUGUAUCUACUUCUCACUGCCCCUGGACAGGGUCAAGUUCCAGGCCAAGUGCAAAGCUCUGAAGUCAGCCCUAUCACCCUACCCAUUCCACGGUAACGUGUACUGCACCAAGGGGCAUGUCCAGUUCCUGGACUCACCCAAGCAGUAUGAGGUCAUCCACGUGACCAAGAGUGGUUACCUGUCCAUGGUUGCCUCGGAGACGGAACACGACACCGUGGACGGAGACUUCUGUAUGGUGUUCACAGGCUGUGGGCUGCAGGAGGACGUGCUCAAGACCUGGCUCAGGGCUUGCACCAGACAGAAACCAGAGAAGAAGGCUUACAGGACAGAAGACAGCCUGAGCAAGCAGGAGAUAGCAAACAUUCAUAGGAAGCACCACCUGGAGCCCCUGCCUGCAGGAUGGUACUACAAUGGGACCAGCUACAUCAGUAUGGACGGGCAGAAGGCAGACAAGCACCCACACAUGGACCAGUUUGUAGCAGACUACCUCCGUCAGGUUAACGCAGGCAUUGACAACUACAACAAGAGGAUCAACUCCAAGGAGUACACUGACUUAUUCACCAAGAAAUGAGUCUUGCUAGUGCUACUAUUUUGUCAAUGUAUCAUUUCAUUCAGAUCAACUGGAUAUAAACAUUUCAUCAGCUAUGGAUGUUCCUAUCAAGCAUGACAUUGAAUGGCUGUCCUUACAUUGCUGUAUUUUGUGCCUUCUUUCCUAUGAAUUGUUAUGUGUUAAUAGUACAGAACUUCUGACCAGCAUAGUUACUUGUUUACCUUAAAUUCUUGCACUGUACUGGCCAGAUUAACUUCGUUACAUUCCAACCAGCAGUGCCUUUUGUGGGAUUACUUAAAAUGUAUUUCAUUGUUUAAAAAAUAAGACUGUCAGUACAAGUGACGUAGCUGAUAUGUAUCUGUGUGAUGUUUUGAGCACAAGUGUGACACUCUAUUAUAGUACAGUACAAUGUUGUGUUUUUGGGUGAUGGUUGUUUUGUGCAGCAGAGGUGUUGCCACCUAUUUUGGACAAAUGUUGCUUAAUCUUAGUUACAACUGCUAGAUAGUAAUACACCCAUUCUUUAACAAAUGUGACAAGGAUGUUGUCUGUAACUUGCAGUUGGCACCACCAGAACAACGUUGUCAAGACUUCAUUGGCAAAAUAAGUUUAGUAUUUUGACUCCAUUAGUUGAGCUGUUAUCACUGUAAGAUCUAUUUGAGUGGAGAAUUCUGAUUUUGCAAAGUGGCUGAGGUUGUAUAUUUUUGUGUGACACUGAUUAUAUAGAAUAUAUGGCACACUUUGAAGUUGAGUAGUUUUAUAUAAGGAUGCAUUAAUUUCAUGUUAUAGGGAAAUGUCAUUUCCUACAAGUUUAUGACAAUUUGUGUGAGUUUGCUGUUAGAGAGUUGGGCUAUACAGUUGAGUAUCUUGAGUAAAGAGUAUUGGAAUGUAGCCAAACUACUGCAUGAAUUCUUUGAAUUGUAAUUCACGUUGGAGUGCCUGGAUGUUAUUCCUAUUUCCUGCAGUAUGUAUCUGUGGUCACUUCUCACCAAGGUUCUGAAUGAUUCUAUACAUGUAUAGGGUGCAGUGUGCAUCUAAUGGUUGUAUCGAAUACAUUUACUGUGUGAAAGAAA